GCGUGUCUGCAUCUCCGGGCUCAGCAGCAGAGCCCUCGCUCGGCGGGGAAGGGGCUUUGGCGGGGCGCUCGGAGGGAAUCGGAGAUGAGCGACUGCCCUAUAACGCCUUCGAUGUGUGUGCGUUGCCUUGGCUACGGCAUGAUGAGGCAACUGGCUGAUUUUAUUGAUCCGCAGGAUGGAUGGAAACAACUAGCAGCAGAUAUAAAAGAUCCCUCUGGUGCAAACAUGUACAGCCAAUUGCACAUAAGGCGUUUUGAAGCAUUAAAACAAGUAGGAAAGAGCCCCACUUGUGAAUUGCUUUUUGACUGGGGGACACAAAAUUGCACUGUUAGUGAUCUAGUAGACUUGCUGAUCAGGAAUCACUUCUUCGCACCAGCCAAACUUUUGCUUCCAGAUUCCAUAAGGACAACAGACACUACAGUGCCCUUAUCUUUGCAAGAAACUACGUGUCUGAAUGAAAAAGAGAAUCAAGUGACACCUGUAUCACCUCUCUUGGUUCCAGAUAAAGGGUGCCUAACUUCAGUUUCUUGCAGCCCAAGUACAAAAGAGAGUUGCUUGCAUUUUAAUGAUACAGUAUUGCAGAGCUUUUCGUUUGAUAAACUGAAAAGUCUUACAAAUAACUUUGAUGAUCGAACUGUGUCGGCUGGUGGCAACAAGAUUGGCGAAGGAGGUUUUGGAAUGGUGUACAAAGGAUGCAUUAAUGGCAGAACAGUGGCAGUGAAAAAGCUUACUUCUGUGACCGAUGUAAGUAUCGAAGACCUGAAAAAGCAGUUCGAACAAGAAAUAAGUAUUAUGGCAGAAUGUCAGCACGAGAACCUAGUAGAAUUGCUUGGAUUCUCAAAUGACUCCGAUCAGCCUUGCCUAGUUUAUGAUUAUAUGCCUAAUGGCUCAUUGCUUGACAGACUAGCUUGCCUGGAUAACACAGCACCAGUUCCUUGGGAAACAAGAUGUAAGAUUGCUUACGGGGCUUCCAAUGGAAUCUGUUUUUUACAUGAAAAUAAUCACAUUCACCGGGAUGUUAAAAGUGCAAAUAUUUUACUCACUGAGAACUUUGUGGCGAAACUGUCUGACUUCGGACUUGCAAGGGCUUCAGUACGGUUGACGCACACUAUCCUAACAGACAGAAUAGUGGGGACAGCAGCCUACAUGGCCCCAGAAGCUUUGCGUGGGGAGAUAACCCCAAAAUCUGAUAUCUUCAGCUUUGGUGUGGUGUUACUUGAAAUAAUAACUGGACUUACUCCUGUGGACGAAAACCGGGACCCCCAAUUAUUGCUGUCUAUCAAAGAGGAAAUUGAAGAUGAAGAAAAGACGAUUCAAGAUUAUGUUGAUGAAAAGAUGAGCAGCUGGAAUAUUGCAUCAAUUGAACAGAUGUAUUCAGUUGCAUGCCAGUGUCUGCACGAAAAAAAGAACAGGAGGCCAGAUAUUAAGACGGUCAGACAACACUUGCAAGACAUGCUGGCUGAGUAAGGUCUCUCCUGUGCUGUGACUUAAAAGCAAGUCCAUUGACGUAUUGAGGCCUUGUGACCACCCUGUUCCCUAAGGUGUAAAAAAAACUAGACGCAACACAGGAUAUUGGUUUGGGAUCAGAUAAGGCCACAACUUUA